GACAGAAAUUAUCCCAAAGAGUGGGGGUGAGUCUGACAAGUGGGACUCACUGUGGGAGUUGGGCAAGAAGCAUGGAGGAUCGUGAUGGGGAAACGAGCCUUCCUUUGAGACUUCAAAGGAAGUUUCUCAAGGUGGGGCAGGACAUUUUGAUGGGUACAGCAGAUGGUGGGAAUAAUAGUCCCUUGUACAUUGACUUACACCCUCAUGAACCUUGGAUUAUCUUUAUAGCUCAGCAAAGGUCAAUCCAAGUCUGGAACUACGAAGAAGGGCGGCAAGUCACAGCUUGGGACAUUGAUGACGAAGUUAUGGGCCCGUGCGAAGCGCCCAAGUUCGUAGUGCGGCAGGUUUGUCUGUUCGUUCUGGUGAGGAACGAGAAGUCCAUUCUGAUGUAUCAAGUCCGAACGCACAAUUUCGAGUGGCAGCAAAUAAAGAAGCUGACCGCUCAUCAGAGUCGAGUUGAGGACAUGGUUGUUCAUCCCAGCUUGUCGUAUGUGAUCACGUAUUCCAAGAAGCAGAUUAAGCUAUGGAAUUGGAGCGAGAGCUGGUCCAUGAAAGCCAUUAAAUGCCAGUCCGGAGACUGGAGAGCCAUAGCUUUUCACCCCCAGAGGCAGAUGCUCUUUGCAGUUGCCUCAUCGAACAGGAAAAUAAUGAUAUGGAAUGACACCAUAGGUGCGCCCCCCUCAAAGACACUUAGUGCGGAAAAUGAGGUAACAACACUUCACUUCUGCAGCAAGCAUGAGGGGCCACUACUGAUAGCAGGUUCGCAGGUGGGAACGAUUGACGUCUGGAACCAUCAGGAGGGAAGUAGGUUAGCUACUCUUUCAGGGCUUAAUGGCCCUGUUACCGCGCUCUUUGUUCAUCGAUGCUUCCCGUUUAUUUUCGCCUCCUCGAACCACGGAAUGAUCGCAGCAUGGAGGAAGGGAUCUGAUGACGAGUCGCAAGGUUAUGUCAUUGAGCAAGUGAUGCGUUCGAGUUGUGGUGUUAAGGAAGUCUGUAGCAUGGCUCCCUGUCCAGUUUCCAAUGUGCUGGUUCUGGGAGGUAGGGCGGAGUUCUGUGUGGUGGAGUUUGUUUUUGAAGACGACGAAUUCGAAGAAGAUAAUGCGCCGUGUACAACAAAUUCAAGCGCAGCCGUAUCAGGAACAACAUGGGAGGUCACCGUGGAGGACGCCAUAGACUCGGAGAUGUUACUGCAACAGGCAUUGGAGAAGGAAAGGUGUGCGCACGAGGAGUUGGGUGCACUAUCCUUAGAGCUAAGGGCCAGGAGAAAAGCAGCGCAAGAGCAAGCGGAGAGGAGAAGAGAUGAGGAGUCUAUACAAAGUUUGAUGAAGGCAAGGAUAUUAGAGAUGGAAGCGAGAUCUGAGCAAAACACUGUCAGCCUGGCAGAAGAAGAGACAAGAGUUGGCAUGGACUGACCUAGAUCAGUUGGCAGACCCCUCAUCACUGUCAUCAGACCCCUGAAUUGUUGAAAUACAGACACCUAGGAUAGAAUUCCAUCAUUUGUAACAGAAGUUGGCUGCAAACUCAAGCUUAGAACAUACUAGGCCAAGAGCAUCAAGAAG